CUCGUCUAUCAAACGCAGCUUUUGGUGUCGCAGGUCAGUUGCUAAAAAUGACGCUUUUCAUGCACGCUUGCUGUUUUUUCCUCAAAAUCCUCACCCUCCCGCUGCAAGUUGCGGAGUCGGUUGGACUUUUGGCUUUCUACAAACGCUUCUUUCCUUUUGUCGUGUACAGAAUGACGUUCUCGUACAAUGGCAAAAUGAACGACAAGAAACGGGAAUUGUUUCUAAACUUGACUAAAUUCAACCCUCCUGACGGCCCUCUGCGGAUCUUGGAGGUGGGCUGUGGAUCCGGGGCGAACUUCGAGCAUUACCCGACGGGCUGCAAGAUUAUAUGCACCGACCCCAACCCGCAUUUCCGAAACUACCUGGAGAAAAGUAUGGCGAAGAACGACCACCUCAUAUAUGACAACUUCAUAGUGGCGUCGGGGGAGAAUCUACAGGCGGUGGAGGAUAAUUCAUUGGAUGUUGUGGUGUGCACGCUGGUUCUGUGUUCGGUCAAGAACACCCUCAAUGUUCUCCAAGAGGCGAAGAGAGUUCUUAGGCCCGGUGGAGCAUUUUUCUUCAUUGAGCAUGUGGCUUCUGACCCCUCAAGUUGGACUUACUUUUUUCAACAUGUUCUUCAGCCAUUAUGGUACUAUGUUGGAGAUGGAUGUGAUACAACUCGUACUACUUGGAAGCACCUUGAAGCAGCUGGCUUCUCUGACCUCCAGCUACGACAUAUCCAAGCCCCUUUUUUUUUCAUCAUCAGACCACACAUUGUGGGUUAUGCUGUCAAAUAAUGAUAAUUAAUUUAGCUAAAAAUGAAAAUCUAUCCCAAGCAAAUGUUUUUUUUUCCAUUUCAACAUCUUUUAAAUAUGUUUAUAUAAAAAUAAGUGCUUUGAAUUAAACAGAAAAAUUCAUUUUUUUCUUUAAUGUAUAAACAAAGAAUACCAGUAAUACAUUCAUACAAAGAUGUAAUUGUAUCUUGUUGAUUUUUCAUCCUGUUUGUAAAACAUUACUGCCAAGAUGACAUGAUCAAAGUACAAAAAAGAAAAUGUACUGGGAAAUAGUAAAAUAAUAAAACACUUCCAACUGGAUAUAACUGAGGAAAUGAACAUGUUUAUAAUAUUACUGUUCACUGUGCACAGCAUGGAAUUAAUAGAAAGGACAGUGCAUGGAAAUUGCACCACACAAUCUACUGUGUGAUGUGGGCAUUGACAUUGCAUGUAUUUGUUGAUGCAAUGUCUAUUUCUUGUGAUCUGGUUUAAUACAGGUUUUUUGAGCUUGUGAAUGCACAAAAGAGCCAUAUUGCCAUCUAGUUGCUAUGAGGAAUGCACAGCCUAAUCAGACAUACACAAAGUUGACUACAUUGUGCUUAGUUAAAGGGAUAGUUCACCCAAAAUGGAAAAUUAGCUCAUCAUUUAUUCACCCUCAUGCU